AUGUUUCUGUAUGGCAUAACAGGACGUGCAAGGCUGUCUUAUCUCUUGAGCAUGGCAACUAUACCAUGUUCCGUUCUCUUGUGUAUUCGUGAUUCACGGAAUGAUUUCGAGAAGUGGAAAGAGCUCAAAGUUUUACGACUGAAGGGUGUUCCAGACAGGUUUAUGCCGUACAAAUGUAAAUACGACUGGACAGAUUACGAAAAAGUACUGCAGGAUAGAGAUAGAAAACAGUAA